AUGGAAUUCCAUCAGUUCUUCUUCAUCCUUCUUCUUGUUUCUCUUGUUGAGUUAUCAGAUCACAACGCAACUGCUCAGGAGGAUAAUGGAUCAAAGUGUAACAUUUACCAAGGAAGUUGGGUUUAUGACAACUCUUCUAAACCUCUUUAUGGAACAUCGACUUGUCCGUUCCUCGGACUGGACUGCCAGAAGUUUGGUCGGCCAGACAAGGACUACCUCAAUUACAGGUGGCAACCCACCGGCUGCGGCAUCCCAAGAUUCAACGGACAAGAUUUCUUAACGAAAUUCAGAGGGAAGAAGAUACUGUUCGUGGGAGAUUCACUGAGCAACAAUAUGUGGAGGUCGCUAAGUUGCAUGCUUCACGCCGCCGUUCCAAACGCUAGGUACACCUUCCAAGUCAGCAAGCUCUCCACCUUCACCAUUCCGGAAUAUGGAAUAUCGGUAGAUUUCCUGAAAAAUGGGUUCCUGGUGGAUUUGGUAGCGGACAAAGCAAGAGGAUUGGUUCUGAAACUAGAUUCCAUCAGUACCGGAAAUCAAUGGUUGGGAUAUGAUGUUGCCAUCUUCAACACUUUCCACUGGUGGUCUCACACCGGUCGUGCUAAGACAUGGGAUUAUUUUCAAGUGGGAGACCGAUUUGUGAAGGAGAUGAAUAGAAUGGAUGCUUUCAAGACUGCUUUGACAACUUGGGCUAAGUGGAUUGAUCACAACAUGGAUACUUCAAAAACUAGGGUUUUCUAUCAAGGAGUCUCUCCCGUGCAUGUCAAUGGUGGUGAAUGGGGUAAACCGAAGAACACUUGCUUGGGUGAGACGGAACCAGUGAAAGGACAAAGUGAGUACCCAGGACAUAACGAAGGUGAGGCUAUAGUGAAAACUGUGCUCAAAGGGAUGGCUAAAUCGGUGAACCUCCUCGACGUGACGGCUAUGACGGAGCUGAGGAAGGACGGUCACCCUUCGAUUUAUGCCGGUGGAGGCCCUAAGUUAAAUGACUGUAGCCAUUGGUGCCUCCCUGGAGUCCCUGAUGCUUGGAACCAGCUUCUCUAUGCCGUUCUUCUCGUCAACUAG